AUGAAGCGUGUUAGGCGUUUAGUUGUACUGGCAGUUCAACUUGCAAUCAUAGUAUGCACAAGUUAUCAACUGACAAAAUUACUUUUUCAAUUUAAAUGGAAGGAACAAUUCGGCUUAUCACGAAAUGAUGAUGGUUUCUCCUACAAUAUAUUACCACGUGAAAGUUAUUCAAGUUCAGCGCGUAAUUCAAAUCAGACCUAUUAUAUUGCAUCACAAAUGACGAGGUAUGAAAAUAAAAUUACACUCGGAUUUACUGAGAAAGAUCUUGAAAAAUUAUAUGAAGUGAAAUCUACUCCAUCUGCCAGAAAAAUAAUUCUCAACUAUGGAAACCUUCGUAUCAAUAUUAUUCGAAACUUCUCCUUAUGUUUCGCUUGUGAUUGUGAACUGAUUUUCGACAGAUCAAGAUGGCUUGAAGCCGAUGUUAUAAUCUUGACAGAUCACCUGCAUCCUAAAGGUCCAAGACCACCAAAUCAGCUAUGGUUCAUUUUUGUACAUGAAUCUCCCCCAAACAUUAGAAUCGCUGAUGGAUUGGAAAAUGAAGUCAACUACACAAUCUCUUAUCGAAUGGAUUCAACAAUUUAUUUACCGUAUCACAAUUAUAUCCCAUAUGUUGCUAGUCAUGGUCCAGAUACAAAAUACGUACUUCCUUCCCGUAAUUAUGCCACUGGUAAAUCUAAAAUGGUAGCAUGGUUUGUUGAUAUUUAUGGUGGGUGUGGUACAAUGACAUGUCCUAGAGAAGUCGAUGCUCAAUGUUUUUCUCUACUUAGAAAGCAUUAUAAAUUCUACUUGAGUUUUGAAAAUAGUUUAUGCCCUGAUUAUAUUACGGAAAAGAUUCACAGAAAUGCAUUAAUCAACAAUGUAAUUCCAGUUGUGAUGGGUGCCUCAUAUGAAGAGUACAAGCGUGUCACUCCUCCUCAUUCGUUUAUUCAUGUGGAUCAGUUUGAAUCCCCAGAAAAACUUGCCAACUAUUUGAAGUAUUUGGACAGAAACGAUACUGCAUACAAUGAGUACUUUGCAUGGCAUGAACAUGGGACCAUAGAUGCAUGGUCGCCUUUACCUCAAUGCGCUAUAUGCUUAUUAGCACAUACUGCUCAUAAACUGAAAACGUAUACAUUCCCAAACGUUUCGAAAUGGUGGAACGAUGCUUGUGUUGGUCGUAAAAUACGCUGGAAUCCUAUCCAUUAG